AUGUCGAGCCUUGGCUCAAAGGGCACAGGUAGAAGCACGCGCUCUAAAGCUACCCUUCCUAUGCAAUCAGACGAGAACCUUCUCGAGACCAGACGCGCGCUGGGCGACAUCAGCAACAUCCUCGUCGAUCGCAAGGCACCACCUCAGACAAGCGACUCGCCAAGGAUGCCCUUUGCUGAUCGAAACGCUCCUCUCGCAACGCAGAGCACCUUGUCGUCGAAAAAGUUCGAGAAGCAGUCUCGCAUACAGUCGUCCACAGCCUUAAAGCGCAAAGAGCAGCAUUCAAGACCUGAGCAAGCUGCUCGGCAGACGGCAUCUAAACCAGCUCGGCCUUCAAAGCCAGUCCACACGUCGUCCAGAACAACCAGCCGAGCCAAAAGAUAUCCGACCCAAGAUUUUGCUUACAUCGAAAUCCCCUCUCCUCCAAGCGGCAUUGUAUCGUCUCGCGCAGAUGCUCUCUCUGCUCAGAUCGAGGCUGCAGCUCAGCAUGCUGAAAAGCGCCUUUCAUCGCAAGAUGAGCUCACCCGUCUCUCUCCAAGACUCGACAGCGAUGAUCUCGAAUACUUUGAUGUCGACACCGUACCGCAGACUAAGCCUCUCGUUGUCGCAGCCACGACAAAGAAAGGCAGGCGCAAACAAGGCCCAAGCUCGAAGAGCCAAGACUCUGAUGUUGCUGGAACAGUCUCGCAUGGCUCCUCGGACAAAGAGAACGUGCCUCUGCCAGCAGCUAGGCGAGCAGCAGCAGUCGGCAACAUACAGUCUACACGCACUCGUACUCGAGUUCUGCGCGCGGUGGAGAACGAACAGCCGACGCAUUCGACACCCAUCUCGCAGAAGCGCAAAGCACUUUGCGAUCGUGACGAUCAAGAUGAUGUUCACGCGCAAAGCGCGGGGCCGAACCUUGACGACCUGUUUGCGGCUGAUUCCGACCGAUCCAGCGAAAUUCCUUCGCCCGGAGUGGGGCGUCGAGCUGCGCCGUUGAUAACAUCCGUUCAGCAGCUGCAUGACUACCAAGACCGAGGUGUGUCCAAAGUCGUGGAGUGGAAGGCCGCAGGACACCAUCGAGGUGAAAGUCGCGCUCGCAAAGAAGAUGACAGCGGCAAAGGAGAUGACAGCGGCAAAGGAGAUGACAGCGGCAAAGGAGAUGACAGCGACGAUAUCAGCAACGCCGAUUCUUGGCCUGACGAGCACAAAAGCGCUACCUUUGAUGCAGGUGCUCAGCAAUUUGAGAGGAGUGCUGAUGAUGAUGACGAGCUGUUUGGCUUCCUCACAGCGAUGCCCCACGCGAGGCAGCGCAGCACGCAGCUCCCCUUUGACGAGAAAAGCCAAGCAGGAUCAGAGCAGGAUGAUAGCGACCUUGACCUUGAGCUUCCAACCGAUCCUUUCAGCACGAGCGACGAUCGACGCUUGGCCGAGAAAGCUUUUGCACACAUGUCGUCUCCUCCGCCUCGUCAGGAUCGAUCGUCUUCGACGGCGCCCCUUGAUGACGCCGUGCCUCUCGGAAAGCACAAGCUCCAUGCAGCACCGCAGGAAGAAACCGAAACAGACACCGAGGGGGAAGCACAAGUCGCGGGGAGUCUCACUCGCUCUGAGGAACAGCAGAAAGUUGAUGAAGCCGACAAAUCGGAGCGUCGCGUAAUUCGAUCACGCACGAAGCCACACAGAAUAGCUGCUACCACUGCAGACACAGAUGAUGAGCACUCGCCCAUGUCGACUGCCCCUCCUUCCACCCGCAUGCGCAGCGAAAGGGCAGCCAAAGCGAAAAAGGCAACCUCUGGUAUUCCGUUAAAGAGGAACGAGAAGAAGGAGCAAGACAUUCUCAACAAGCUUGCAGCACAAGACUCUUGGUCGCCGGCCCCCUCGUCAGCUCCAUCGUCGCCGCGCACUACCAGGACGAGCAAGAAGGCAGCAGCUUCUCCUGCGGCAAAGAAACUCGGCAUGGACGACAUCCUCGGUCUGCUGCCUUCUCGUAAGCGCCACGUUAUCGAAAGCAAGUCUCCAGCUUCCGUCAACAAGCGGAAGGGCACGCACACAAGCAAGUCUGCCAAGUCUUUGACAAAGGCUUCAGCUUCUUCAAAAGCAAAGGCUGAUAGCAAGGGCAACGGUCGGAAGAGAAAGGGAUCAACUCUAGAAGACAGCGUCGUGAUUCAUGACGAUUCAGAUGAAGCACCCCGAAGCAGGACGGUCAAGAGAAACACCAAGGCAAAGUCGACUUCUAAGAAGAGGAAGAAGCGUGCCAUCUCUGAUGACGAGGAGAGAUGGAGAAAGGAUAUCGGCUCAUCUCCAAUCCACUCGGAUGAUUCGGAGCGCACCAAGAGGCUCAAGGAGUACCGCGCUGCUGAAAAGUACAACAUGGAGGUCGAAGUUGUGCUCUGA